UCACCUGGUACUGUUGGUAGGAGUUUCCCCGCACCACUGGUCCAGCCUCAGUUUUUAUCCUCAUUAUGGGGGUUGUGUAAUCUGAUCCUGGAUCUACCUCGAACUGCUGCACAAAUUACCAGUGGCUGCCCGGAUGACGUCAUGAGACUGCGUCCAGAAAUCGAAGCAGAGAGAGGUCAAAGGAAACGGAAACCGAGCGGUUAUUAAUUACAUGGCUAUGUUCACUGCAGCUAAUUGUACAAAAACCGUCGUUGCUUCUGAUCUAAGUAGAGGACCAACGGAUAUCACCACCGUCUGUCAUGUCGUACUGUAAGCAAGAGGGUAAAGAUCGCAUCAUCUUCGUUACCAAGGAAGACCAUGAAGCACCUAGCAACGCUGAGCUCAUUGCAGAUGACCCCAAUGACCCCUACGAAGACCAGGGCCUGAUUCUGCCUAGUGGGGAGAUCAACUGGAACUGUCCAUGCCUGGGAGGGAUGGCUAGCGGGCCCUGUGGCACACAGUUCAAGGAGGCCUUCUCCUGCUUCCACUACAGCAAUGAGGAGGUGAAGGGUUCAGAGUGUAUCGACAACUUCCGCGCUAUGCAGGAGUGUAUGCAGAAGUACCCCGAGCUCUACCCACAGGAGGACGAGAACGAGGGAGUCGCCGCGGGAGGGGCAGAUGCUACUGCCCCUGUGCCUGCUGAGAGCUCUGCCCCCGUUGAUUCUACUUCACCUGAGCUGGCAGAGGACUCGUCCCCAGCACCAGUGGCGUCUUGUGACUCUACCCUGUCCUCCCCAACACCUGAGUCUGCCCCGUCAUCCGACAAUACACCCCCCACAGACAGCCAGGCUGCCAGCUAAAAUCACCCACUCUCCACCAUCCCCCGGUCUCUCCCUGAAACCACUGCCGUGCACAGACCACUCUCUGGGGAGAUCAGCUCUGUCAACUGAUGCCUCAGACCUGUUCUCUUGGUUCAACAUUCAUCACGAGGGAGAAUUACUUUUAAAGGGGGCCUAGAACUGCAGAGGAGUUAAGGCUCCUACAGGGAAUAUGCUGUGAGAAGAGGAGGACAAUACAAAAUAAAUACACAUCUUUUUUCUUAUGCUUUUUUAUCCAGUGGUUGUUGAGCUACUGAUGUUCCUACAGUGGGGAGUUUGUAGAGGAGGACUUGUUCGCUGAAGGGGACUUUAGUUAAAGGUUUCUCAUCCAAAACAAUUUAGCUGCUUAUUAUCAAGCUUCAAAUCAGAUAAUUUGUGCCAUUCUAUGUUAAUUCUACACUGGAGGUGUGUAACCUACUAUCAAUGUUACUGGUCAGACUAGUUUGUGAUCACUUGACUUAUGUUAGGCUUGGGCGGUAUACCUCAUACCAGGGUAUUUGGAAAUAGUUGGGAUGUUUUUUUCAAUACUGUUAAUGGCAUUGAACAUUUAAACUAUUUAUUUGAUGUUUUUCAAUACAUUUUAAUAUUUGUUGCUAAUGUUUAAGUAAAUACCCACACAGUCAACUUGUGCAAUACUUUAGGAGAUAAAGCAGGUUGCGUUCUUCAUUUCACCGGUAGUUCUUCAUUUCACAUAGGUCCCCAGAACAGUUGAGCCAAUGACGUGGUUGUUUGUUUGUAAAUAGCACAACUGGAGAAAGCGGGAGGUGGUGAGAACAGCUGUGUAUUGACUGGUCGCGUUUUAUAUUGAAAGUCGUGUUUUUUUUUGCUUCAAUAGAGUGAUCAGGGAAGUGCAACUAUAGUUUUCCUUCAGAAAAAAAUACGUUAGUGCAACACAUUAGGCAGAAAAAAGCUUCAUUGUAAUCAGAUGACAAAAGUACUGCAAUGCUAUUUGGCUGGCAGUCACACACAAGUAAACGAGCUUGCAAUGAAAAAGCAAGGUAUUUUUUGCAAAAAAUAAUGCAUGGCCAUCGUGUGCCUGUUUAUCAUAGAAAGAAUGUAGCCAGCUACAUUUCCUAAUGUUUUGCUUAAAGUUAAUAUUGGAGUUAAUCUUUUACCGAAGAAAAGUAGGCUGGCUACACCGAGAAAAGUAGCUUCACAUCAGUCAGAGCACUGUCUGCUGAUAUAAUGCCCAUUUGUGAAUUCUCAUCCGAGUGGAGAAGUGCAAUUGAAGCACAAAAUGAGUCUGAUGCAGAGCAGAAAUUACAUUAAGUAGCAUUUUACGUCAGCGUUUACAAAACGCUGCAAGAUAUUUAUUUUUAAAAUUUAAAUUCUGCAUUAAAUUGGCUUCCGAGUGGUGCAGUGGUCUAAGGCACUGCAUCUCAGUGCAAGAGGCGUCACUGCAGUCCCUGGUUCAAGUCCAGGCUGCAUCACAUCCAGCCGUGAUUGGGAGUCCCAUAGGGUGGCGCACAAUUGGGCUAGCGUCGUCCGGGUUUGGCCGGGGUAGGCCGUAAUUGUAAAUAAAAAUGUGUUCUUAACUGAUGUGCCUAGUUAAAUAAAGGUACAAUUUUUCAAAUUUAAAUUAAAGUGACCCCUAAAUUUAACUUGCUAAGUAAGUUGCUGAAUUAAUUAAGUGGAGGCAUUAUAUCGUGUUAGCUUUCUACCGUGUUCUCCCAUCUUCUCAGAGCAGGCAGGCCAGUUGCCCUAGCGACUCCAGACUCCACACAGGCACAAUGUGUAGUCUACACAUGCUGCUUCAGAGCCAGUACUGUUCUUCCUUCAGACAAGCAUGCAUCAGAACUUUCUUAAUUUGCAGUGUCUCACGUUCACAUUCACUUGUAAAUGUCCAAACUCACAAAAAAUAACAUUUGGUAGCUCCUAACUAUAUAUGUAUAACUUUAUGAGCUGGAUUGCCUGUUUUUGCAAUUCCUUUAUUUUUGUUGGCGCCCGUUAGUAUAUUUAGUCAGCAGCCCCCAUUGAAAUUCGCUAUUACCUGUGCUAAUUUUGUUAGCAUUCUGUUAGACGCCCAAUGUUUUGUUUGUUUUUGCGCCCCCUUGUAUACGAACCCUGUAAUGCCGUAUAUCCCGGUAUGAGAAAAGGAUGGUAUGAUAUGAAAAUCUGGAUACUGCCCAACCCUACUGCAUGUUUGUGUUUGACAGAUUAUGGUAAGAGAUAGGAUUAAAGGUUGAUUACUCUUGUGUACUAAAUUGCUGCUCAAAGAUCAUGUGACAUGUCUGUUUUUCAAUUUUAAGUUUUGUCAAAAGUCCUGAAUGUUGCUGUUGGCAUGAUGUUUUUCCACCAAUCUGUUCUUUGAUUUUUACCUCACUAUUACUUAAUAGAUUUUUCCAUCCAAUGACCACCCUUCAUAACCCAUAUACCUGAAUAAAGUGGAAGUCCAUUGUC